AUGUUCAUUUCUCCGACUAGGGUCCUAAUAAACUCUGUUACUCAUCGACAGGUUGAACGAGGCCACAGUGUCCUCGUGCACGCUGCAGCUGGUGGAACUGGCUCCCUGCUGUGCCAGUGGGCGAACUCCCUUGGCGCCACGGUUAUUGGCACUGUCUCGACCGAGGACAAGGCAGUUCAAGCCAAAGACAACGGCUGUCACCAUGUCAUACUCUACACGCAGCAAGAUUUUGUUAGCCGCGUAACAUGUGGUCGAGGAGUUGAAGUUGUGAACGAUUUGGUUGGCAGAGACACCUUUCAGGGGUCAUUGGAAGUUGGGGGAUACAUGGUGAGAUCAGCUGUAGCAGCCAAGUGUGUGUUGUUGAGGCGGCCAUACAAUGCUAGUCGAGAUGAAGUGGUCGAAGCUGCAUCUGAGGUGAAGUUCACCAAUGUUGAGAAAGGCAUUCCACGGGUUCGUGUGAAUCACAGUUACCCCUUUUUCCGAUCUCCAAGAGAGGAGAACAUCAGCUUCCAUUGUUCUAAUACCAGAUAA